AGAGCAAAAGCCCAGGCUCAGUUUUAGAGCCUGGGAACCGUGUCUACAAACAUGACAGCUAGAGCUUUCUGGCUCCUCUGUUUGAUCGUUGGAUCAUCUCCCGAAGCCCCAGUGGCGGAGAGAAAAGCCUCGCCGCCCCACAACCGGAAGCCCGACCCCGGCGGCGGCCCGAGUGCGGAGACGCCUGGGCCCCGGCCGCAGCCAGUCCCCGAGACCCCGCGGCGGCCGCGCGCAGCCGAGGCCGCUCCCCGCGCCUGGUCCGACCUGCGGCGCCGGAAGCCCCAGCCGGCCGCCGAGAACCGGGCCGGCUUCCGGGAGGCCGCGCGCGCGCCCGCCGGCCCGCCGAGCCCGCGCCUCUCUCAGGCCGAGAACCGUGCGUCGCCGCGCCGCGUGCCCGCGCUGGAGGACUCCCCGCGGCGCGCGCGCGCCCGGGCCCUGCGCCUCCCGGCCGCGCGGCCUCCCACGCGCGCCGCCGAGGCCCCCGCCGGCCCCGCCCACCCCAACCGGCCGCGCGCCGCCGCGCCGCCCCCGGAACCCGCACCCGCGCCGCCGCCGCGCCUCAGCCCCCAGCGGAGGGAGGAUGCGGAGCCCGGCGCCGAGCCCUGCGCGCGCGCCUGCAGGGCGGACUUGGACGAGCGCGAGUCCUACUGCGCCAGCGAGUUCGCAGUCAACGGAAUCGUGCAUGAUGUGGACGUCCUCGGUACAGGGAUCCGGCUGGUGACUCUGCUGGUGGACCGGGACGGGCUGUACAAGAUGAACCGCCUGUACAUCACUCCGGACGGGUUUUUCUUCCGAGUCCACAUAUUAGCCCUAGACUCCUCUAGUUGCAAUAAGCCAUGCCCAGAAUUUAAACCUGGCAGCAGGUAUAUUGUGAUGGGCCACAUCUACCAUAAGAGAAGGCAGCUACCUACAGCUCUGCUUCAGGUCCUGAGAGGGCGCCUCCGACCAGGAGAUGGACUUCUCAGGAGCAGCAGCAGCUAUGUGAAAAGAUUUAACCGGAAAAGGGAUGGGCAAGUGCAAGGGGCAAUUCACACCCAGUGCAUUUGAAACAUACCAGCCUGGCAUUUCUGGAUCAUAAGAGACUUGGAAUUCAGCAUCAAGACAGGAAAGGCCUAUCAUUAAGUAACUGGAUUUUCCUUUAGAACAGGGCACACAGCUCCUUUAGGAACUACUUGCAAAGUGCCAACUCUCAUCUUCAAGUUGGCACUUUUUUACAAAGUUCUUCUUAAAUGGUUAUGCUUCUGAGGUCUGUGGUGAAGUUAUUCAACUGGUGUGCCAGUUACUCACACAAGCUCAGAUAACUGACCUGUCCACUUAACAGAUCACUGCUUCAUGUUGUUUAUUUUUAAUUAUUUUAAUUUAAAUACAUUCUUCAGUAGAAAUAGUUCACAAAAACAUUUCCUUGAUUUUAAAUAUACAAUUUUGAAUAGUUUAUAUCAUGUAUCAAACCAAAUUUUAUACUAAAACCAUCACAUUUUAAAUUCUGUACAUAACAGUAAGUGCACUAGUCAGACGUAUGAAAUGUCAUUUAGAACACAUUUAGAUCAAACACUAAAGUCAGAGCCCGAGACAAUUAUUAAAGUUUUACAUUUAGAGUACUGAAGGGCUUAUUCAAGCAAACAAAUGUGUGUUCAAACAAGUGUUCCUGAUGUACCAAAAUAUAAGAUACAGUUUAUUUUCAUGACUCCCUGCUUCUAAAAUCCUAUGUUUUGUGCCAUACUGGCAGCUAUCCCAAUACCAAACAUAUUCUGGGUGUAUCUGAUGUCAUUUUUCUAUUAAGACCAAGUAUCAUGUUUGUGUUUGUAAAGCAGUAAAUCUUUCUGUGAAGUCAGAUCUUGGAUGCACCUGGUUUUUUCAGCCUCACUGAGCCCCAAAAGGUUUGGGAAAAAGCAUUUCUCAAACUUACUCCAAAAACCCUGGAACCAAUAUUUAAUGACGGCUUGCAAGCACGUGAAUUUUAAACGUUUUCCAGUUGGCUUUAAAAAGAUUUAAUCACGAACUGAACUUAUUAUUGAUUUUAUAUCUCAGCCCACAAAGACAUUAACAAUUUUUUUUCAGAAGACCAAGCUGUGCUUUAAUUUGAAACGCUGUGAAUAGAGACACUGAUAAUCCAUGGUUGAAGAUUACUGCCUCAAGAAAGAUAGAAAAAAGAACUCCACUGAAGAGAUAAACACAGUCCAUUUGGUCUCAGAUGAGAUUCACUCUGGAGCUCAGGAUGUGUCAUUAGUCUGUAAUGGCACAGAGUCUUUAAAGGCCUCACAGAAGCACUAUAUACACACAGGAUGUCAGGACAGCACAGAGAGACUGUAAGACAUAACAACUGAUUGUGA